UCCCUCUCUCCCCAGGCUGAAGCCAUGAUGUUAUUUGAGAUCACAGCCAGGAAUCAAGACACUGAUCCCUUCACUCCUCAGCUACAGGCUGCCAUGAAGAGACUAUGGCUAGACCCAGGGGUCCAGUACUGCUUUAAGAGAUCAAGCGAAUAUCAGCUCAAUGACUCAGCAAAAUAUUAUCUAGACAGUAUUGAUAGAAUAGCUGAUAAGAGGUACAUUCCAUCAGAGCAAGACAUACUAAGAACAAGAGUCAAAUCAACCGGAAUAGUUGAGUACGAGUUUGACAAACAAGGACUCCACUUUAGGUAAGAAGUACAUACAUGUACAUGUAUGUG